AGUCUGUCUCCUCCUCCCAUCCUACCAUUGUUGCCUGGUCUGGCGUAUCAAAACCAACCAGGGCCCUCCAACCCCUAUCUUGCCCUCCCGCCUCCUGAAGACAAGAUCCCUGACCUCAACAAGUUGCCCUCUGAACAACCACCCUCACCUCCACCUACCAUGCCUGCUCCUACCAUGUCAGGACACCACCACAUCACCUUCGCCGUCAACCCCCCUAUUUUGAUGGGGACAAAUCCAAAUAUAUUGUCAGGGGAACCCCUGCUUUCGUCCGAUCAUCAUGGGAUCUCGCAUGUGACCAAGCACGGGCCGUCUGUCAAGCGUCACAUGCUUCGGACUCUGAGAUCGGGCCUCGAGGUUGCCCUUACAGCAGAAACCGAGUUCUUAGGGAUAACUGGACAAGCUUGUGAAGACCGCCGACAGCGUCAUCCGCUUCUCACUUCCAACCUUGUCCCCUCCUCCCCCUCUACAAUCAUCAUGUCCCAAAUGGAAGAAGAGGACAACCCCUCCCACCCCCAACAGAGGCUUGCGAAUCUAGAGGAAGCCAUGCAACGGAUGGAAGGCCUCCUCCACAACCUCAUAAUUACACAGCAACAGCCUGCCCCUGCCCCUGCUCCGUCUCCGGCAGUGGUUCCAGGUGUAUCUAUUGGCCAACAGGCCAGCACGAGACCCCUCAUCCGCCCCAACCCCCCAUUCGCGUUCGACGGGGAUCAUACCCAGGGCAAGACGUUUCUCCAUUCCGUCAAGCAAUACUGGCGCCUCCUCCCUGAGGCCUUCCAUGUGAACGGAGUAGUAUCAGAAGAGCGGGUGGUACAUUUCACUCUCUCCUACAUGUCCAAGGACUCGGCGGCCUCCUGGUCAGAACGCAUGUCAGAGCGCCUCAUCUUCCCAUUCCCGACUUGGUCCUCCUUUGUGGCCGAGUUCAAGCUCUGGUUUGUUCAGGAGAACGAGCAAGACCACGCCCUGGCACGACUGGAGACCCAUGCUUACUACAUGGGAUCCCGCGACAUGUUCAAAUACACGGACGAGUUCGAUGACCUUCUCGACUUGGCGGGGUACUCCGACAACUUGGUCAAGGUCACCAAGUACCGGGCGGGUCUGGACCCCAGAAUCAAUCAGGCGAUCACGACCUCCGGUAACCCGCCUAGCCUCACAAACUACUCGGAGUGGCGUACCCGCGCAUUCCGCCAGUACAACGCCGAGGUGGCCGCCCGAGCAGCACGAGGACAGGUGUUCUCUUCACCCCGCGCUCCGCCUCCUGCGGCUCCCCGCCCUCGCCCCAUGGCUCCUCCAGUGGUCGCCCCACCCCCUGCUCCCCGACCAGCCCCGGUAGUCCUCCCACCAGGCAUUCCCAUGGAGAUCAACCAAACCCGAGCCCGCAGCAGUGUUCGUCGCACAUGCUUCCGAUGCGGCAGCCCAGGACAUCUGGCCCGAGACUGCCCAACCGCCGCUGAUGUCCGGCACACCGACGUACUGGACGAAGUGAUCAAUCAGCUGGGAAGCGACCUGUUGGCGGAAUUAGUAGCCCGGCUAGCAACUACGGCGGCCGUAGAAGAGCAUGAAGCAGAGAUUGCCGACGAGUUGGAGCAGGGUUUUCUCCCCGCGACGAGUGAAUAG